UUUAUUUUCUUCAUCAGUGCUCGAACGUUGUACGGAGUAUAACUUUACCGCCAUAUGCCUUGAUCUCCAUAUCAAAUUUUAAAAAAACUAUACUGUAUUUAAUAUGAUCUCCAUAAUCUUCUUCUUCUUCACUCUCUUGAUUUCAUUCUCCUUCUUGACCUUAUCUUCAGCAUCGCAGGCCUCUAUCUACGUCACACCACAAACAGUAUCCAAAUCAGGCGACCCAAUAACGAUCAGAUGGUCUGGCAUUGACUCUCCAUCCAAGCUUGACUGGGUCGGGAUCUACUCGCCACCCGAUUCAUCGCACAAGAACUUCAUCGGCUACUUCUUCCUUUCAUCUUCACCCGGAUGGGAGGCCGGAUCUGGAUCCAUUUCCUUCCCACUCGUCAACCUCCGGUCCAAGUUCCAGUUCCGGAUCUUCAGAUGGACAGAGUCCGAGAUCAAUCCAAAGCGCCAAGACCACGACCAGAACCCGCUGCCUGGGACGAAGCAUCUGCUCGCCCUGUCCGAGGAGAUCGGGUUCGAGCCGGGUCGGGGUCCCGAGCAGGUCCAUCUGGCUGUGACGGGCCGGGAGGGAGAGAUGCGGGUCAUGUUUGUCACUCCGGAUGGGAAGGAGAAUUCUGUGAGAUAUGGGUUGACCCGGAGUAAUUUGGAUCGGUUGGUGGGUACCGUGGUAGUGAGGUAUGAAAGGGAGGAUAUGUGUGAUACUCCAGCUAAUAACAGUGUUGGAUGGAGAGAUCCUGGGUAUAUACAUGAUGGGGUUAUGACCAAUCUGUCAAACGGGAAAAGAUAUUAUUACCAGGUUGGCAGUGAUGAGGGAGGUUGGAGCACAACUCACUCUUUUGUGUCACCUCCAGGCGUAGACUCAACAGAGACAAUAGCUUUCUUAUUCGGAGACAUGGGGACCGCAACAUCUUACACCACCUUUGUACGCACCCAAAACGAGAGCAUAUCAACAAUUAAAUGGAUUAGCCGUGACAUUGAAGCUCUUGGGGAUAAACCUGCUCUUGUGUCCCAUAUAGGUGAUAUCAGCUAUGCUAGAGGCUAUGCUUGGUUGUGGGACAACUUUUUUGCUCAAAUAGAGCCCAUUGCAUCCAAAGUCCCGUAUCAUGUUUGUAUAGGUAACCAUGAGUAUGAUUGGCCUCUACAACCUUGGAAGCCUGACUGGUCUAGCUAUGGAAAAGACGGAGGAGGUGAGUGUGGGGUGCCCUACAGUCUUAGGUUCCAUAUGCCUGGAAAUUCAUCUGAACCGACCGGAAUGCGGGCCCCACCCACCCAGAAUCUUUACUACUCAUUUGAUUUUGGACUCGUGCAUUUCGUUUUCAUGUCGACUGAGACUGAUUUUCUUCAGGGUAGUAAGCAAUAUGAAUUCUUGAAGAACGACUUAGAGUCGGUUGAUAGGAAAAAAACUCCAUAUGUGGUCUUUCAAGGUCAUCGGCCGAUGUAUACUACUAGUUAUGAGUACAGGGAUGCCCCUAUUAGGGAGAGAAUGCUCGAACAUAUAGAACCUAUUCUUGUGAAUAACAAUGUAACUCUUGCAUUGUGGGGUCACGUUCACAGGUACGAGAGAUUCUGCCCGUUGAACAACUUCACAUGUGGAAGCCUAGGCUUGAAUGGGGAGAAGUGGGAAGCUUUCCCUGUGCAUGUUGUGAUUGGGAUGGCAGGGCAGGACUGGCAGCCCAUAUGGGAACCUCGGGCAACCCACCCGGAUGUACCCAUUUUCCCACAACCCGUACGGUCUAUGUACCGUGGAGGCGAGUUUGGCUACACGAAACUUGUCGCUACAAAGGAGAAACUUAAAUUUUCUUAUAUUGGGAAUCAUGAUGGGGAGGUGCAUGAUAUGGUAGAAAUUCUGGCUUCAGGCCAAGUUCUCAAUGGCGAUGGUGGUGAUGGCAUUUGCAGUGCAUUUGAGAAGAGGGAAAAAAACAAUGUCAGAGAAGAGGAUGUGUCUAACGUGAUGAAAGGACAGGCUGAGCCAGCUUUAACAUGGCUUCUCAAAGAUGUUGGCUUACUAGUGAUUGGAGUUGUCAUUGGUUGUGGUAUAGGGUAUGCAAUACAUGUAAGAAAGAGUGCACCAUCUCUGAAAUGGGUUCCCAUAACGGAUGAGGGAUUAUGAGUUCUGGAUUCAGUUUGCGUGCACUCAAAUGGAGGAUGGGUCCCAAAGUCAUCGGAAUGCCCGCCUUUAAAGAAGGUUUGAAUGCUAAGUAAGCUGUGUAAUCGAUUCAUUUGUAUCCUAUUCAUGCCCAGCCCCGGGGAGACGGAGAAGAUCCCGUGGUAUGAGGUUUAGGUGUUGGUACUAUGUGGAGAUAGAUAGUGUACAUAUGAAAAAUCACAGUUCAAUAGUGUUAUACGGAGCAGCAAUUACUAUGGUGAAAGUUGAGACACAUGAAAUCAACUUGGGGUCACUUUUCAUGCUUCUUUUAUCAAUUUAAUUUUAUGUAAGGUACAUAUAUACGUCAAUGUUGAGAUCUAGCAAAUGAAAGUUGAAUAGAGCCCGUUUGGUAGCACGAAAA